AUGGCAACAGCCAGACGCCAAGAGGUAGCAGACAUGAUUGCGGACAACUCAGAGGUAUUCACGGGCAAGAUCGGUAAAGCCAAGACGAAGGAAGUGUCACUGAUGAUCGACGACAGUAUCACACCAGUUGUUCAGAAACAAAGACGAAUACCGUUCAAUCUCUUGGACCGGGCAGAAAACAAGAUCCAAGACCUCCUCGAUCAAGACAUCAUUGAACGAGUCCCGGACAACAAGCCACGUAGUUGGGUUAGUCCCCCAGUAAUUGCUCCGAAACCAGAUUCCAAUGAUAUUCGUUUCUGCAUUGAUAUGCGUAUGGCGAACGAAGCUAUACAACGCCCGUAUACACAGAUACCAACAAUGGCGGAUAUUGUAAACAAAUUCCAAGGAGCAGAACGCUUCACCAAACUGGACCUCAAGGAAGCAUACCACCAGUUUGUUCUAGACGAGCCAUCGCGCAACAUCACCACAUUCUAUGGCCCUGAUGGCCUCUACCGUUACAAGAGGCUCAACUACGGAACCAAGUCUGCCCAGGAUAUCCUCCAGCUGGAGAUUGACAAGAUGCUGUCUGGUGUCCCAAACCAAGUGAACAUAGCGGAUGACAUCUUGAUCGGCGGAUCAGUUGAAGAGCAUGACACAACCCUGCAGAAGGUCCUGUCAGCUUUAACCAGCAAUGGCAUCACGGUGAACCCAGACAAAUGCGUCUUCGAUGUAGAGGAGGUGUGCUUUGUUGGACUGGUGUUCAACAAGCAGGGCAUCAAGCCGGACCCAAAGAAUGUACGGAAUCUACAAGACGCAAGCCAACCUACAAGCAAAGCGGAAUUACGAUCUUUUCUCGGAAUGGCAGGGUUUAGUGAACGCUUCAUCCCGAACUUUGCAAGUAUUGUCCACCCUCUACGGCAAAAGCCCAAAGAAAAUGUCUGGGCCUGGGACGGAAAGUGCCAAGAAGCAUUCGUAAAGUUGCAAGCCUCGCUAAGUGAUUUCUCAUUAUUGCACCAUUACGUCAUCGGACAUGACACCGAAGUAGUAGUAGACGCCAGCAAGACGGGGCUAGGAGCAGUUCUUGUCCAGCGGGCAUCAAAGAAUGAGGCCUUCCACCCAGUUAUGUGCAAGUCGCGGGCACUGAAAGAAGUGGAAACUAGAUAUUCCUCGACGGAACGAGAAGCACUGGCCGUACGUUGGGCAUGCCGGAAGCUAUGGAAGUACCUGCUUGGUGCACCAAAAUUCCGUAUUGUUACCGACCACCGCCCAUUGACCUACAUGUUCCACAAACGGUGCGGAGAACUACCUCCAAGAGUUGAGAACUUUGUUAUGGACCUGCAAGAGUUCGAGUAUGAAGUUGUUUACCGCCAUGCAGGGAAAACAUGCAUUGCUGACUACAUGUCGCGCCAUCAUGUCGAGAGAGAAGGAUCAAGCCGAGUGUCCGAGAUCGAAGCAGCAGCUGAAAGCGUUGUCGAGGGAUGGUACUGCCACGCCCUGAAUGAACAAAGAGCAGUGACGGUAGAUGACAUUAGAACUGAAGGGGAUAAAUGCGAGUCUUACCAGAAACUGGUUAAAGCAGUUCAAUCAGGAACUAACCAGGAAGAUGAAGAAUUAAAACCUUUUAUGGUUCCAGAAAUCAAACACGACUUGAGCGUGGUCAAUGGUGUGGUGUGUCGGGGAUCACGUGUUGUCAUUCCCGCUGCCCUACAAAGACGGGUUGUCGAAUUGAGUCACCGAGCACACCAAGGAGUCAGCAAAGCAAAACAGUUCUUACGAACAUUCUGCUGGUUCCCCGGGAUGGAUAGGGCUGUCGAAAACCAGGUACGAGGUUGUUUACCUUGCCAAGCUGUCCAACCAACCAACAAUAACCAGCCAAUCAAACCAUCGGAGUUACCAACCGGACCGUGGCAGUAUGUGGAAAUGGACUUCCAAGGCCCAUAUCCCAAUGGGGAGUACAUAUUCAUCAUGAUCGAUCGCUACAGUCGAUGGCCCGAGAUGGCAUGGUUUCGAAACGCGCCUAAUGCAAACACCACAAUCGCAGCCAUGCAGAGAAUAUUCACCAACAAAGGUGUUCCAGCAGUGUGUCAGUCGGACAACGGAUCACCGUUCCAAUCAAGAGAAAUGGAACAGUUCGCCCAAAGCAGCGGAUACCACCAUCAUCACAUUACCCCUGAGUGGCCCAGAGCGAAUGGGACAGUUGAACGGUUCAAUCGGAGCAUGAAGGAAGCUCUGCAAACAGCAACCCUGGAAGGGACUUCCCUGAGAGAUGCAUCCCAAAGAUUUUUACAGAUGUACCGAUCCACCCAGCACAGCGCGACCAACGUCAGCCCACAUGCUGCAAUGCAUGGCGGGAGAGAAAUGCGGACAGUACUGCCACUUAUGACACCGAUCGACCAGGUUGUAGAUCGGACACGAGACCAGGAAUACAAAGGUAAGAUGAGAAACGGGCUUUCACCGCACAAACUUCGCGUAGGGGACACUGUUAUCGUGAAGCAGACGAAAGCCAAUAAGUUGACACCCACGUUCAAUCCUACCCCUUUGAGAAUCACGGAGGUUCAAGGCUCGAGAAUUACUGCACAGGAGAUUAACGGCAGCUGGACGGUUACGAGGGACGCGUCUUACUUCCGGAAGAUUCAGACCGACGCGCUUGCAGACAACGAAGAGGAGGACGACGCGUCAGGCGAGAGUGAGGGAGAGACGGAGAAUAGAAAUGCGGGUAAUGAUACGUUGCAGGGGGAACAAAAACAACAAGAGACGCCGAGCAAGAACGCCGAGCAAGCGCAGAGACCACGACGAACAACCCGAAUGCCUACUUAUUUGAAAGACUAUGCCGGACAUUUAACGGGUCGGACUAUUAUUGUUGAGAGCGGACAUGUUGUUGGACUGUGA